AUGCAAUCCUUUCGAGAGUAUGUCCAAGUUGAGCGUUUGGAUGGCGAGAACAAAUACGAUGCUGGUGACUAUGGUAUGCAACCGGCUGAAAAGGGUGUGAAAUUUGUUUCCUUCCCACCUGUUCUGCACCUGCAGCUGAUGCGUUUCCAGUACGAUGCCACUCUUGACGCCAACGUGAAAAUCAAUGACAAAUUUGCCUUCCCCGAUAAGCUCUGCCUGAAGGAAUUUAUGGAGGGAAAUGGAGAAGACUACACAUAUUGCUUACACGCAGUACUUGUGCACUCCGGGGAUUUCCACGGUGGUCACUAUGUUGUAUUCAUCAACACUGGCCUUCGUCCACCUGGUGAAAAAUACAAGCCGAAGUGGUGCAAAUUUGACGACGAUGUCGUUUCAAGGGCAACCGUGAGGGAAGCAGUUAUGGCGAAUUACGGAGGAGACGAUGGCGAGUCGACCGGACGCACGUAUACAAAUGCUUACAUGCUCGUAUACGUGAGACAAAGUUGUAUAGAUGAGGUCUUGUGCCAGCAUGAGAAUCUCGAAGUUCCCGCACACCUCGUACAGCGAUUUGAAAAUGAACGAGAGGAAGAAAACAAGAAGAAGAAAGAAAAACAGGAAGCACAUCUCUAUACUGAAAUUGUCAUGGUCACGGACGAACACUUAACCAGCUACAACGGCUUUGAUUUGGUCGAUCCGAAGCUAUUAGACGAUACUGGUUUGCCUCGCGAGAAAAUCGAAAAAAGCAUGACGAUCCCACAACUUUACGAUUACGUGAAGACAAAGCUUUUUUCAAAGGAGCACGAAAUCGAGACACCGGCCCGGGAAAUGUUCAGAAUAUGGAAGUUUGAGGAAACGACCUACAAGGACGAGGGCAGUGUUAUGUCAGCCUUGCCUCGUUUGCGUCCGACGUCACUGAUUCCACAUUCCGAGGAGACACAAGAGAAGACUCUGGAAGCUGUUCUUGAGAGCGAUCGAAAUUUGCUAUACAUUGAGGCGAGCCCAGCAAACUCACUGAGGAGUUACAAUGAAAACUCCGAAAUGUUGAUGUUCUUGAAGUACUAUGAUGAGCAAUCACGUACCUUACGGUAUGUUGGGCAUUUCAUAGUUGCCUAUCGUCAAUGUAUCCCAACGCUAGUCUUCUCGAUUUAUGCUAAGCUUUUUCAGGAAGUUGCACCGGACCGCAUCCGCUUAAUUGAGAGCCUUGGAAAGCCAUUGUGUGCUGAUAAUACAGUCGUGGAAGUAAGCGAUGGCGGCUUGUUGAUCGCUGAGCGUCAAGACCGAACAAAUGAAACAAACAAUGCCAAGUUGCAUCUCGAUACACUUUAUAACACCAUCGACAUCGAAGCCAUUGCCAACAAUGAUUCUUUCGUCUCGAAUAACGCGGAGCUUGAUCCUCCUAUCACGGGAACGAUUGGACUGGUGAGUUCAAAUUGGACCAUGCGACAACUAGUGGAUUACAUAGGGAAAGAGAUCAAUUACGACCCUGCUAAAAUUUUGCUAUGGCGGGUGUCACCGUUCAAUGAUCGUGCUACGCAGUUCCUCACUGAUUCCCAGUCUAAGGCCUUACGUGUGAACGGAUUGCUUGGGCUUGCAGGAGCACAACUUCAUGAUCCCAGACGUAACAAGAGGUGUAUGCCAAUUCCAAUAGCUGAUAUGGAGCGUAAGCGACAAAUGAAGAUCCAGAUGAUGGACGAGAAAAUGAAUAUAACGGAAAUCACUAUCUUUCCUGAGAAAAUUGGGACAGUGCGAGAUAUUCUGGAGGAGGCAAGACGAGAGUUCAAGUUCGCACCGAACGGUACGGGAAAGUUGAGACUCGUCUACGUUGGCCAGAGUAGCCAGAGCAUGCGGGCUUACACGAUAUUCAAAGAAGAAACUUCUGUGAUGGAGGGACGUGUUGAGGAAGUUCCUCAAGAUCAGCUGGUCGUUCGGAGCAACGAAUACCUUGUCCCAAUUGCGCAUUUUGACAAAGAUCCCGGUCGAAUGUUUGGCGUCCCCUUCUUUUUAAAGGUGGCCAACGAUGAGCUAUUGUCGAGUGUUAGAGAACGCAUUCAAGCUCGUCUUGAUGUUCCCGACAAGGAGUACGAGAAAUACAAGUUUGCGUUAAUUUCCUCCUCGCGAGUUGUAAGAUAUCUUGACAUGACUUCGAAUGGUAGAGUGAAUCUUGCCGAACUUGGCCACGCUCACGUAGCAUCUCCUGAUCUACGGUGUAGUGUAAUGGGAAACGGCGUUGACGAGAAGGAUCACACGGGAACGAAGAAAACCCUGGAGAACGCCCUGCUGAGGAACGAUGUUACUAACGACAUGGAGGUUGAGAGCAAAGAUCUUGUCAUUAUUCAACAAUACGUUAAACUGAAGCCAGAAAAGGAAGUCGAAAGUGAAACUGACGUAGAAAACGGAGAAAUGGAUGUCGGCAACAGCGAUACAAUCGUAGAAGACCUUGAGGUGAAUACCAUCGAGGAUUCGGCUAGUGAAGAGUAUGAAAUCUACGCUCCACCCGAUGCUGCUAUGGAGGUGAACGUCUCUUGCGACGAGGAAUGCGCAGAGCGUAUAAAGAAAUUUGUCGACUUACCAGGAUGCGAAAGCGACUAUAUGACCGAGGAAGAGGACGAUCCAGAUGACGUUUAUAAGCCGGAAAGCACUAUCUACCUCGACAUUGAUAGGUUUAGUGAAUUUUGUAACGGACAACCCGAAACUCAGCUGCGUCUCUCGAAACCUGUGAUUGUUCAAGGUCUUCAGUGGAAGAUCUUGGCGAUGCCAAGGGGUGGGACGAGAGUCGGCACGGGAACGCAGCCUUACAAAGCGCUUGGUUUCUUCGUACAAUGCUACGGAUACGCUGAUGCUGCCGCUUGGAAUUGCAGUGCACGGAUCAUACAGAAGGUUCUUGCUCAAACGAAAGAUAGGUGCGACCAUUGCGAAAUGGUCAACUUCAAAUUCAAUGAAAGAACAUUUGACUGGGGAUGCUGGGAGUUUCUAAGUUGUGAUUUCCUUCUAAAUCCAGAAAAUGGUUUCAUAAAAGAUGAUACUAUACGCUUGGCAGUUCAUGUUUCAGCGGAUGCUCCGCGCGGUGUACAAUGCUUGUUAAAUCCAGUAGUAUACUUGUUAUUUUUUACCGUUCUCGUCGUUUUCGUCGUUGAUGCUGCGUCUUGCAAGAUCACCGAAGGGAACAUAUUUAAUGUGUUGUAUUGGUGGAGAGAAGCAUUUCAGGCGGUGUAUGACAUGCCGGUAUCACAGAAUAAUUCAGAAGACAGUGUUGCCUUGGCUAUGCAGCGGGUAUUCUACGACUUACAGCAUUCGGACCAACCAGUGAAUACCAGAAAGCUCACAAAGUCAUUUGGUUGGAACACAGUAGAGACGCUCACGCAACAUGAUGUACAGGAAUUGUGCAGAGUACUUCUCGAUAAUCUUGAGAGUAAGAUGAAGAAGUCACCGGCGGAAGACGAAAUUCCAAGUUUGUUUCGUGGGAUUAUGAAAUCCUAUAUUCGUUGUAUUAAUGUCAACUUUGAAAGUACCAAGGAGGAACCGUUCUAUGACAUUCAGCUGAAUAUCAAAGGAAAAUGUAACAUUAUGCAAUCCUUUCGAGAGUAUGUCCAAGUUGAGCGUUUGGAUGGCGAGAACAAAUACGAUGCUGGUGACUAUGGUAUGCAACCGGCUGAAAAGGGUGUGAAAUUUGUUUCCUUCCCACCUGUUCUGCACCUGCAGCUGAUGCGUUUCCAGUACGAUGUCACUCGUGACGCCAACAGGAAAAUCAAUGACAAAUUUGUCUUCCCUGAUAAGCUUUGCCUGGACGAAUUUAUGGAGGAAAACGGAGAAGACUACACAUAUUGCUUACACGCAGUACUUGUGCACUCAGGUGACGUCCAUGGUGGUCACUACGUUGUAUUCAUCAACACUGGCCUUCGUCCACCUGGUGAAAAAUACAAGCCGAAGGUUUGUUGUUCAAUGGCAACCGUGAGGGACGCAGUUAUGGCGAAUUACGGAGGAGACGACAGCGAAUCGACCGGACGCACGUAUACAAAUGCUUACAUGCUCGUAUACGUGAGACAAAGUUGUAUAGAUGAGGUCCUGUGCCAGCAUGAGAAUCUCGAAGUUCCCGCACACCUCGUACAGCGAUUUGAAAAUGAACGAGAAGAAGAAAGCAAGAAGAAGAAAGAAAAACAGGAAGCACAUCUCUAUACUGAAAUUGUCAUGGUCACGGACGAACACUUAACCAGCUACAACGGCUUUGAUUUGGUCGAUCCGAAGCUAUUAGACGAUACUGGUUUGCCUCGCGAGAUAAUCGAGAAAUGCAUGACGAUCGCGCAACUUUACGAAUACGUAAAAACAGUGCUGUUCUCAAAUGAGCACGUAAUGGAGGUUGCUAGUUUUAUGUGCUUUUUUUUCCAUUAUGAUAAGAUCCAUUCAAUUUGGAAGUUUGAGGAUAUGAGCUAUAAAGAAGAGGGCAAUUUGAUGUCAUCAUUACCUCGUUUGCGUCCGACGUUAUUGAUUCCGCAUUCCGAGGAUACGCAAGAGACGACUCUAGAAGGUGUUCUUGAGAGCGAUCAAAAUUUUCUAUACAUUGAGGCGUUCCCAGCAAACACACUAAAGAGUUACAAUGAGAAUUCCGAAAUGUUGAUGUUCUUGAAGUACUAUGAUGAGCAAUCACGUACUCUACGGUGUGUUGGGCAUUUCACAGUUGCCUAUCGUCAUUGUAUGUCAGCUUACGCUAAUGAGUGUUUAAAGCUGAUUGGUCUUCCUGAGAAUACACCAUUACGUUUUUAUGAGGAAGUUGCGCCGGACCGUAUCCGCUUAAUUGAGAACCUUGGAAAACCAUUGUGCGCUGAUAAUACAGUCAUCGAACUAAGCGAUGGCGGCUUGUUGAUCGCUGAGCGUCUAGACCGAACAAAUGAAACAAACAAUGCCAAGUUGCAUCUCGAUACUCUUUAUAACACCAUCGACAUCGAAGCCGUUGCCAACAAUGAUUCUUUCGUCUCGAAUAACGCGGAGCUUGAUCCUCCUAUCACGGGAACGAUUGGACUGAAUUGGACCAUGCCACAGCUGGUGGAUUACAUUGGGAAAGAGAUCAAUUACGACCCUGCAAAAAUUUUGCUGUGGCAAGUGUCACCGUUCAGUGGUCGUGCUACGCGGUUCAUCACCGAGUCCCAAUGGGAGGUCGGUGGUACAAAUAAAACGGUAAAGAAUACCGAAUAUGUUAUUAAUUUAAGGUACCGCGUAAUUUAUACGAAGAUGCCAAUUCUAAUAGCUGAUAUUAAGCGUAAGCGGCAAAUGAAGGUCCAGAUGAUGGACGAGAAAAUGAAUAUAACGGAAAUCACUAUCUUUCCUGAGAAAAUUGGGACAGUGCGAGAUAUUCUGGAGGAGGCAAGACGAGAGUUCAAGUUCGCACCGAACGGUACGGGAAAGUUGAGACUCGUCUACGUUGGUCAGAGUAGCCAGAGCAAGCGGGCUUACACGAUAUUCAAAGAAGAAACUUCUGUGAUGGAAGUAUUCCAGAAAACCAUGACGUCGUCCAUGUACAUGGUAGUUGUUUACGAUAUUUGUUUCUGUAUUGGCAUCGAAGGACGUGUUGAGGAGGUUCCUCAAGAUCAGCUGGUCGUUGGGAGCAACGAAUACCUUGUCCCAAUUGCGCAUUUUGACAAUGAUCCCGGUCGAAUGUUUGGCAUCCCCUUCUUUUUGAAGGUGACCAACGAUGAGCUAUUGUCUAGUGUUAGAGAACGCAUUCAAGCUCGUCUUGAUGUUCCCGACAAGGAGUAUGAGAAAUACAAGUUUGCGUUAAUUUUUUCCUCGCGAGUUGUAAGAUAUCUUGACAUGACUUCGAAUGGAAGAGUGAAUCUUGCCGAACUUGGCCACGCUCACGUAGCAUCCUUAGCGUCAUCUCUCUAUCUUGGUCUUGAUCAUAUGAAUAAGUCUCGUGGAGCAUGUGGAUCCCAUGCCGCUGAAAAAGCGCUCGUGAUCCAUAACUGA